GUUAACACAUUCUGCACCACAAACUGCUUGUAUGGAGGUCUCACAAGCUCUAAAGAAAAAGGGCAACCCCCCUCUCUCUGUCCUCUCUUUCUCUCUCUCAUUGUGGAUUGAAAUGCCAGGACUCGAUGUCAAGCUGUUCACACUCUCAAUGUCCAUGAUGCUGUACUCGUGUCAAGCAAUCAGUGGAAGCAUCAACCUCCACCCACUGGUCCUGGUCCCGGGUAACGGCGGGAACCAGCUACAAGGCCGGCUGACGGCGGAGUACAAGCCGCCGAGCCUGUUCUGCACGCGCCUCCACCCGGCGCGGAAGGACAAGGAGGGGUGGUUCAGGCUGUGGUUCGACCUCUCCGUGAUCUUGGCGCCUUACACUCAGUGCUUUGCUCAGCGGAUGACGCUCCACUACGACGCCGGAGUGGAUGAUUACCGGAAUACCCCUGGGGUUGAAACUAGGGUUUCUGGCUUUGGUUCUGUCAAGUCCCUCCUCUACCUUGAUCCUAGUUUCAAGAGGAUUACAGAAAACAUGGCACCCCUAGUGGAAUCUCUAGAGAAAAUCGGCUAUCUUGACGGUGAAACCCUAUACGGAGCCCCGUACGAUUUUCGCUACGGUUUAGCCGCAGAAGGUCACCCUUGCCAAGUUGGUUCAAAAUUCCUUCAAGACCUAAAAGGACUAAUAGAAGAAGCCAGCAUUUCAAACGGAGGCAAACCAGUGAUUCUUGUAUCCCACAGCUUAGGAGGCCUCUUUGUCCUCCAACUCCUUAACCGAAACUCGCCCUCUUGGCGCCAAAAGUACAUCAAACACUUUGUUGCCCUAUCGGCCCCGUGGGGUGGCACAGUGGUCGAGAUGCUCACUUUUGCAUCCGGAAACGCGCUUGGAGUGCCCCUGGUCGAUCCGUUGCUAGUUAGAGAAGAACAGAGGAGCUCUGAGAGCAACUUAUGGCUCAUGCCUAGUCCUAGAUUUUUCGGUCGAAGCAAACCCCUUGUGAUUACACCAAAUGCAACGUACACAGGACAAGACAUAUUACGGUUUUUAAAUGACAUAGGGUUUUCAGAAGGGGUAAAUCGUUAUAAUUCUCGUAUUCUGCCUCUGGUUGCAAGGUUGAAAGCCCCCGAAGUGCCUAUCACUUGUGUGAUUGGGACUGGUGUUUCAACACCAGAGACUUUGUAUUAUGGGAAGAAAGGCUUCGAUCAACAGCCGGAGGUGUUGUACGGGGACGGAGAUGGGACGGUGAACAUGGUGAGCUUGGUAGCGGUUGAAUCGGAAUGGGCAGAGGAGAAGAAUCAAACCCUCAAAUUUAUUAAGAUUCCUGGUGUUUCUCACACAGACAUACUGAAAGAUGAUGCUGCACUUGAUGAAAUAAUUGAGGAAAUUUGUUCCAUCAAUUCUGAGGGUAUGAGUCCAUUUAUGUCAUUGUGGACAGGGGAAGCAAGGGCUUAAUCUUUUUUUUGAUAUCUAAGAAGCACGGAUACUGGCAAGAGACAUGGAUAGGACCUGACACGGAUAAUUAUUUUUUAAAAUGUAGGACACAGACACGUUAGGGAUGUGUUCAAUUAUAUAUGUCAAAUAUUUUUUCAUGUACCAUGAGCAUAUGUCCCAACAGGACCACGUUUAGGAAAAAAGUCCAAUUGAAUUUAACUAUGAUUAGCCCGUAAGAAUUG